UAUUCUAAUUGACUGCUAAUAUGUAAACCUUAAUACACCUUAUAAAGAAAGAAAAUGCAUUUCCCCUUCUUCCUUGUCACCUCAAGGUGUAAUUUCACUUUCUCUAACUCCCAUGCGGUGGAAAGAUCUCUCGGUUGGUGCCACUCAAUUAUCCUCAACAGCCACCCAUCAAUAAGCGGUGGAAAGAUCUCUAGGUUGGUGCCUUUGCUUCAUAUUUAGAAUUUUCUUGUAAAUGGCAAUUUGAAGAUAUUCUGGGUUUUGGUUUAUGUGAUCAAAUUAAAGGAUUUGAACUUGGGUGUGAGUGAAGUGCUGCAAUUCAAGAUUAUUGGUUUUUGUUAGCAAGAAUUUUGGACUGGGAUCAUUGUGGGUUGUUUAAUUUACUGUAAUUUCUGGGUUGCUUGUUCUUGAGUAAUGAUUUUACAUGUGCUUUUGAUGCAAAAAUAGUGCAUACCCAGAUGAGUGUUUUUGUUUUUUGGUAGUUAAUUGGAUGCUAUUAUGAGAAUUAGUCUUCCAAAUACUGUCUGCCUACUGAACCAGUGAGCUAAACACGUUCGAGCACUAUUUUGAAAAUUCUUCUCCCAAAUACUGCCUACUGAACCAGUGAGCUAAGCCCGUUCGGUCACUAUUCUGAGAAUUCUGUCUCAAUGGAGGGAGGUAAAGAUCCACCACAACUGGUUAUAAGCAAGGGAGGCCAACCUAGGGUUUUGCCAAAGAGACUCUUGCAUUUAUUUUUGCUUCUGUGUUUUGGCUUUUCAGUGGUCUGUAUUUAUACAAUCAAGGGGUUUGGAGCUCUUAGUGUAGUGAAUAAUAUAGUGAAGCCUAGUUUGGAAUCCUGGCCAAAUGGUUUGGAGCAUUGGCUUAAGCCUCCAACCAAUUUGACACAUUCAAUGUCUGAUGAAGAGUUGUUUUGGAGGGCAUCUUUGGCGCCGAGGAUAAAGAAGUAUCCCUUCAAAAGGGUUCCCAAGAUUGCGUUUAUGUUCUUAACUAAAGGGCCGUUGCCAUUGACGCCUCUUUGGGAGAGAUUCUUCAAGGGGCAACGGGGGCUGUUUUCGAUAUACAUCCAUUCCUCGCCAUCAUUUGAAGCUGAUUUCCCACCCUCAUCGGUUUUCUAUAGAAGGCAGAUACCUAGUAAGGUUACAGAAUGGGGGACUAUGAGUAUCUGUGAUGCAGAGAGAAGACUUGUAGCCAAUGCACUGCUGGAUAUAAGAAAUGAAUGGUUUGUUCUACUAUCAGAGUCCUGCAUCCCUCUGUUCAACUUCACCGUCAUCUAUCGCUACUUAAGGAGAUCAAAACAUAGCUUCAUUGGUGCAUUUGAUGACCACGGGCCAUAUGGGCGAGGGCGUUACAACACAAACAUGGCACCCGAGGUAAACAUUACAGAUUGGCGAAAAGGACCACAGUGGUUCGAGAUCAACAGGAAGCUCGCCCUCUACAUUGUAGAAGACGCGAAAUUGUACCCAAAGUUUGCUGAGUUCUGCAAGCCGCAUUGCUAUGUGGACGAGCACUACUUCCCAACCAUGCUAACUAUCCAAGCCGGAAGCGUCUUGGCCAACCGAAGCGUCACUUGGGCCGACUGGUCUCGAGGUGGCGCCCACCCCGCCACUUUUGGGAGCUCGGACAUCACACCGGAUUUCGUGAAGAGGAUCCUUGAAGCUCAUAGCUGCCUGUAUAAUGGCCACAGUAUAUCAAUCUGCCAUCUUUUUGCCAGAAAAUUUGCUCCUGGUGCCUUGGAACCUCUCAUUUUGUUAGCUCCAGAAUACUUAGGUUUUUGAUGGAUAGGGAAACGGAUUUCUAACACGCGGCCAACUCAUAGUGAUUUAUCCCUCUACUAUCUUGUUGGACCGUAAUAUGGACGCAAGGGAAUUUCACUUUUGUGGACAAUGAAAAUGGAUUUCUUAAAACAGAAAAAAAAAUUCAUUUUUAGUUUGGACUAUUGUAGUAUUCCCAUAUUUAGUCUUAUUCUUUUAUUUUUACCCUAUUACAUCUUUAUC